GAUCUUGUAGAUUUCAUAUUUUGUAGUAGGGUCUGUAGGGAUCAUUAUUUAUUCAAAGGAGCGCUUUUAUGGACUGCGUGAAGAAGAGAGUUGAAGAUCUUGCAAUAAAUAGGCCUACGUUGUAAUACGAUUAUACGAUCCCAUCUUCCAUUAUCCACAUUCAUAAUUAAGUCGCCUCGAAAGUUAUUUGUUUAUUAUUAAGUGUUUUUUUUUUAUUGAGACAGUCUACAAAACAUCUGUAAUCCACGACUUCUUUCUUCGUCAAUUUUCCUCGGCGCAUGGAGACGCCUAUGGGCAGUGAUAUGCGCUAGAUACAAACACCGUCGUGCUAUUAUAUUAUUAUCAGGCCUUGAUAAGGGGGAAGUGAAAGUAUUAUGAGAAUUUGCAUUGUCAUUACCGCCGUUCUUGUGGUGUGUGCUUUGGGCUGUUGGGGCUCGGUCUCUGGUGAAGGUAUACCAGACGAGACAAGCACCAUAACAGUAACAUGGGGCUUCACGAUGGCGAAUAUACCAUGUUCGGAAGAAUACAACCUCUCGAGACAAACGACCAACAUCUUUUGGAAAAAAAAUAACGAAAAUUUCGUUAUACGGUUUAAUGAAAAUGUGGUAUAUCCGGGGGCAGACUCGAACUUGACGAAACUCAAUGAUGACGGCUCACUUUCACUACGGAGUGACUACCGUGCGGCAGGAAAAUACGAGUGUGUCUAUGGGCGACCGAACAUGCUGAACGUGUCAUACGCCAAAACUUCAACGACGGUCAGGGUGACUGAUCCCCCUCUUCGAGUAAUGGAGUGCAACACGACAGAUGCCAACGGAUCCUCGACUUGCAAAAGGAUUGUUCCAAACGGGACCGAAACGCUCCGGUUCACGCUUAUCAAGGGCGGAGUCAGCGCGACAUCGAACAUCACGUUCAAGGUCGACCAAUUCCCCGACGACAUCGGAGUCGAAGAGGAAGGGCCGAUUAAUAAAACCGACAAUGAUGACGGCUCCGUUACGAUCACGAAGAGGUAUGAAGUUGACGUCACUGGUCUCGUGUCGACGGCCGACAUCCAGUUCGUGCUCGUGGACGGACAGAGGACGGAAGAGUAUCGUGUGGUGCUCAUGAAAGCUGAAGAAAGGAAAGGCGAUGCAGGCCCUCAGUUCAGCGCUGGAAAAACAAUUGGAAUUGCAUUUGCCGUAAUUGUUGUUAUUGUCAUUGGCGUUAUUGUCAUUGGAGUCAUUGUGUGGAAAAAACGGAAUCUAUUUUACCGACAAGCCGGAAUUCAGUAUAACCCUGCCACCUGUCGAGAAUGAUAUUGAUGCAGAAUGUGAUGCAGUAUGAAAGUCAGAACCAAAAUCAUGUGAUGCCGAAGUUAUGGCUUAUGAACCACAAGAAGGUACGGGGUUCGAGUCCCGGUAUACGCAGCUCUUAUAAAGGGUCAUCAUCUUCAUUGUGCGCACUAACGGUACUAAGGUAUCGAAAAUGAAUAACUACAAGACAGUAGUAAAUGAUUCAUUAAUCCAUGCGUACGAUGUGUGUGCAGUGAUCGGAGGAAAAGCGAGAGUAGUAUGUUGCCAUCGAAACUCAUUUAGAACCCCCUCUUCCCACCCACGGAAGCAGAGACGUUAUCAUCGCAACAUGUUAUUAGGACCCAGGCGAAAUAACGGACGAGUUUUACGUGAUUCGGAAGGUUCCGGGUUCGAAUCUGAAUCAAAGUCUUUCCGAUGGUGAUCAUUCUGCGAUUUAAAGGUUGGUCCAUAAGAUGUGAAUUACAUGUUGACGGUGUGAUAUGACAUGCAACGGUUGAGACGUCCUACCAAGGUCGCUAUCUAAAGGAAGACAGUAAGUAGUCUGCAGGCACAGACAUUUGUUUUCGCAAUUGGCAUGUAGUGCAUAAUGCAGAGUCUGAAGUAGUGAGACUAGAUUCACUAUGUACUGUGACUGCCUCUUAGUUUACAGAUAGUUUGGAGUCUAGCCUUCACUCUAUACGUAGUAAAUUAAUUGAUUAAAGUGUCAACUUUGAGUCUGUGCUUCCAGACUAGACAGGAUGCGUGCAAUUGAACAUUGGCUGUUUACACAGCGUUGAUUUUCACAUUGUCUCACCACCCUGUCAGUAAUCAGUACGAUUUCAAUAUUUCUGGUAUAUGAUCCAUGAUAUAUAGUGUGGGUUUUGGCAGAGUAGGCGAAGAUGAGUCCAUGAGAAAAGCUAUAAAGUGUGUUUAAGUUGAUCACAGCUUACAAGAAAACUUAUCCCAUGUACCAAGAGAUUAGACGGGUUUCAUGUCUUAUUUGGUUUCCGACAGGGAUGCAUCAUGUCGCCGUUUUUUUUUUAUAUAUCUACGUUGACAGGGUUAUGGCGACAAUGAUGUUGCUCAGAACCAACUCUGAAGGGGAAUCCUUUCAAUUUACCCGUGUUAACGGGAAAAAAUGACACCACAUAUUUAUUUGAAGAUUGAUUCAAAAUCAACCAAAGUUGGUGUUGACAACUUUCAUGAAUCGUGUAUAAACCAAACGGAGUUUCAUGCUUUCAUGAGUGUUUAUGUAAAAAAAAAACCACGCAAUUUAACACUACUGAUUUAGAUCUAUUUUUUUUAAAACAAAUUAUGUGCUGCAUUAUAACAAGGCCAGAUACUUCAGUGCGAUUGCUUUAGAAAUGUUCACGCUAUGCAUAUUUUUGGGUAAUUAUAUAUAUGCAUCUUUCUUUUUAAAUCUUUGUGCAGAGUUUCUUUAUAUUAUUUGGUCUUUCAAGAGAUACGUUACAUGUUCUGUUUUUUAACCCCC